AUGGCACAGGAAAAGCAAUCUGAAAUCGACAACACCAUCACAACACAUGCAGUCUUGACAAGGAUGUAUAAGGUUGAGAUCAUGGAAGCAUGUAAAAGCCACCAUACCUGUGAUAUCCGAUCGCUAUUGGAUGUGAGCAUCUUCCAUUCUGGGCAGGGUCUCUUGACUUGCCACCUGCUAAGGUUGGCCGUGGCUGCCAACUAUGUACAGUUAGCCAUGCUCUGUCCGGCCAUCGCCAUCCUAAACCUGGAGCCGCGUUUUAGAUCGAAAGCUUCGAAACUAUCCCCGUCCGAACUCAGCUGGCGAAGAACUCCAUCCUCUUAUAUAACAUUUUUCCAUCUUCGAGAAGGUCGAAAAAGUGGAUAA